GCGGUGAAGUUCUCCGCCAUGAACCUGAGGGGCCUCUUCCAGGACUUCAACCCGAGUAAAUUCCUCAUCUAUGCCUGUCUGCUGCUGUUUUCUGUGCUGCUGGCCCUUCGUCUGGAUGGCAUCAUUCAGUGGAGUUACUGGGCUGUCUUUGCACCCAUAUGGCUGUGGAAGCUAAUGGUCAUUGUUGGCGCCUCCAUUGGAACUGGAGUCUGGGCUCGAAAUCCCCAAUACCGAGCAGAAGGAGAAACAUGUGUGGAGUUCAAAGCCAUGUUGAUUGCAGUGGGCAUCCACCUGCUCCUGCUGAUGUUUGAGGUGUUGGUCUGUGACCGGAUUGAGAGAGGAAGCCAUUUCUGGCUCCUGGUCUUCAUGCCACUGUUUUUUGUUUCCCCUGUAUCUGUUGCGGCUUGUGUUUGGGGAUUUCGACAUGACAGGUCACUAGAGUUAGAAAUCUUGUGUUCCGUCAACAUUCUGCAAUUUAUCUUCAUUGCCUUAAGAUUGGACAAGAUCAUCCACUGGCCGUGGCUCGUCGUGUGUGUCCCCCUGUGGAUUCUCAUGUCCUUCCUGUGCCUGGUGGUCCUCUACUACAUUGUGUGGUCUGUCUUGUUCCUGCGCUCCAUGGAUGUGAUUGCGGAGCAGCGGAGGACACACAUAACGAUGGCCUUGAGCUGGAUGACCAUUGUCGUGCCGCUUCUCACGUUUGAGAUCCUGCUGGUUCACAAACUGGAUGGCCAUAACACGUUCUCUUGUAUUCCCAUAUUUGUUCCACUGUGGCUCUCGCUCAUCACUCUCAUGGCCACCACCUUUGGACAGAAGGGAGGAAACCACUGGUGGUUCGGCAUUCGCAAAGAUUUCUGUCAGUUUUUGCUUGAAAUUUUCCCAUUUUUAAGAGAGUACGGAAACAUUUCCUAUGAUCUCCAUCAUGAAGAUAAUGAAGAAACCGAAGAAACUCCUGUUCCAGAACCUCCUAAAAUUGCUCCUCUGUUUCGAAAGAAGGCCAGAGUAGUCAUUACCCAGAGCCCUGGGAAGUAUGUGCUCCCUCCUCCUAAGUUGAAUAUUGAAAUGCCAGAUUAA